AUUAGCAUGCAUGGUGGGGGUAUAUAAACCGCGGGAAAAAGAGCCGUCGCUUCACUCCGUUUUUGCCAGGCAUCUUAGCAGGAAAGGAGGCUUCAGGAGAUUUUAUAGCGCCCUGUUUUAACGUCUACACAGCGACUAACCCGCCAACUACCAACCAUGGGACUGAACGAUUUCCAAAAGCAGAAGAUCAAGUUCACCUUCGACUUCUUCUUGGACAUGAACCACGACGGAUCCAUCCAGUGGAAUGACUUCGAGGAUAUGAUGACGAGGUACAAGGAGGUGAACAAGGGCAGCCUGUCUGAUGCUGACUACAAGUCCAUGCAGGCUUCUCUUGAGGACGAGUGGAGGGACCUGAAGGGGCGCGCCGACAUCAACAAGGACGACGUCGUCUCGUGGGAAGAGUACCUCGCCAUGUGGGAGAAGACCAUCGCCACCUGCAAGUCCGUGGCCGACCUGCCCGCCUGGUGCCAGAGCAGGAUCCCCUUCCUCUUCAAGGGCAUGGAUGUCAGCGGGGACGGUAUUGUUGACCUGGAGGAGUUCCAGAACUACUGCAAAAACUUCCAGCUGCAGUGCGCAGAUGUCCCGGCCGUCUACAACGUUAUCACAGACGGAGGCAAGGUGAAUUUUGACCUGGCCCGCUACAAGGAGCUGUACUACCGUCUCCUGACCUCCCCGUCUGCUGAUGCCGGCAACACCCUCAUGGGCCAGAAGCCUUGAACGGAUGUCAUUGUAGAUAAAAAAAACAAAAACACGUUUUGUAGUUGAUUCACAGUUCAACAACUAACGUGCAGUAGAUGUACUAGACUUUGUGUUUUCUUUUCUUCUUGAAAUGGGUUAUUUUCUUGAAUCUAAGCAUCCAACGAUUUGACUCUAUAACAAGGGUUUAGUCAAUAGAAGUACUUCGGAAUAAGAACUCUCUAAGAUCAGUCAAGUACAUGUACAUAGGAUUGUCUCUCGCAUCGGAUGCUUUGUUUCGAGGAGCUAGCCUGCCGAUAUUUUGUUCAAGCGAUUUCAACGUACUUCUUGUCAAGUCUUCCCUUUGACAACGUCUAUUCUGAGGCUGCUAGUUGCUAAGGAUGUUCACAAUCAGCUAUAUAUAGACUGGUUUAUUGUUGAUGAACAAAUAAAUGCGAAACUGUAACCAUCACAGUCAACAUAUAUAUAACUGUUAAAGUGAAUAUCCCAACCCUCAGUCGUUGUAGGUAUAUAGCAACUACAUCUGCCUCAGAAAGACCGUUGCCAUUUUCAAAUCUAGUUUGAUACUCAACUGUCAGAUCGUCAGGACCUUCUAUCAGCUAGACCUUUCCUGCAGCUUGUAAAAAAGAAGCUUCUAUAUUGUUCAAGAGGUUGCGAAGACAGCUAUACCCUUUUGUACACCCACCUUUACCACCAGUGCUAUAAGUAUAACAUAGACCCGUUUACAACCAGUGGAAAAGUAAAAGAUUAUCUAUUUAACUUUUGGGAUAUGGCGGCCUGCAGUGCCGAGGCACCCUGUCAAUGGUUGUGAUUGGUGGGAAAUAAAGAGGAAGGCAAA